AUGGACACUCCAUCUUUAUUUCAAAGGGCUUCAGAUAAUACAGGCGUUGAUGAUUCCAAUUCAGGUUAUUUUAUUAGCGAUAAAGAUGAUCCUUAUAGUACAGGUUCAUGGAAAUGGGCAAAAUAUAUUUUAUUUGUUUUAUUUUUGCUAUUGUUUUUCAUUAUGAUAACAGUUAUGUUUAGAGUUAAUAGAAGAAGAAUCACUAGAGGACAACAACCUAUUAGAGGAACGUCUUGGAUAACUCCACCAACAUAUAGGCAAAGUGAGAGAGAUUACCAUUAUAAUUCACAUGGUGAUAAUGUCAUAGAUUAUGUACCUGAAUAUUCUGAACAGGCAAACCCACAGGAUUUGGGUCAUUAUGAUGCAAGAGGAGAAUUUCAUUUGAAUAAUAAAGCAGAGUACAUUGCACCACCUGAUUUAGAACCUUUAUAUCCGGCAAAUCAAUCUACAAGUAAUCGAAUUCCAAUAGCUAGGAAUGAUUUUGUAAUGCCAGAAUCAAGUAAUAUUUGUAAUAAUCUAAUAGGACCAGUUGGUGAAGAUGAAGACGGGCUAGAUCUAACGAGACCUGACCCCGCAAGGCUUAGGGAAUCGCAUUUUCCACCUACUUCUCAUAAUAGUGAUCUAACUAAGUCAGCUAAUAAUAAGAAUCCUGAUCAUGAAUAUGAAUUAAGAAGAUACAACUAUUACGCGUUGGGUGCUGAAGGCACUACUACAAUUGGAAGAUCAAAUACUCCGGAUAUUCUAGAUCAUGAUAAUAGGAGUUUGUCAAGUGAUUCUAGCUCCUCGGAAGUUCAACAAGAAAACAUUAGAUUUCCAGAAAAAGUUAAAAUGUGA